CGCGGCCACAGACGGUGCUGACGAAAGCACGGCCCUGUCCUUUCGCCAACAAUCGCUGCUCUUGGGAUUUCCAAUCCAUCCCGCUUGAGCCCCAUCAGACCAGCCCAUACGACAUUAGCGGUUCUUAGCAACGAUGACCGUAAUCUCUGACGGAACCAGCGUCUCCAUCCGCGACGACGCACGUCCUGCUGCAGAUCAGGAACUGGACCAGAAUCGGGAGAAUCCUGUCGCUGCGACGCCGAUCGAGGGGCAUGUCCAUUCAGCUCAGUGCUCCCACCAGCACCACCACCACGAUUCCGAUGGCCAUCACCACCACCACCACCCGAAUGGAGACCAUUCUCAUCCCGCGGCUGCUGACGGAUCAGCCACGCCACCCUCGUCCUUUCGGGUGCCCACUCGAGCGAUCUUGACCAAAGAGGAUCUGGAGCGAUUCCAGGCGUCGGAGACCCACAGGGAGUUUGUCGACUUUAUCCUGCGCCUCAACGAAGCAUCCAAGGGCCGGACGCUGAGGCAGGAGUACCAUCAAUCGCAGGUAGUUAGCGAUAUCAUCCAUGUCCUGGACACCUUCGAGCAGUACUGCAGCCAGAUUCCCGCCCAAGGGAAUCUCAAGUCCCGCUUCGGCAACCCUGCAUUCAAAGACUGGUAUGAUCUUGUAUCGAAGAAUAUUCAGGAGCUGACGGGCAAGUUUAUUCCUGCGGAAGCCAAUGCGGAGGUUUCAUCGUACCUGCUUCUGAGCUUUGGCAAUCGCAAGCGCAUCGACUAUGGCACCGGACACGAAGCCAACUUCAUUUGCUUCCUCUUCUGCCUCGAGAAGAUCGGCCUGAUCACGUCAGAUGAUUACCCGGCAGUCGUGUUCCGGGCUUUCUGGAGGUACAUUCUCCUGAUGCGAAGCCUCCAGCAGGCCUACUGGCUCGAGCCCGCCGGCUCGCACGGUGUGUGGGGCCUGGACGACUAUCACUUUUUGCCCUUCCUGUUUGGCUCGGCUCAACUGACAGACCACAGACACAUCCGACCAAAGUCCAUCCACGACCCGGAUAUUCUCGAGCAGUUUUCCAAGGACUACAUGUACCUGGCGUGCAUCGACUUUAUCAACUCGGUCAAGACAGAGUCGCUGCGCUGGAACUCACCGAUGCUCGACGACAUCUCUGGCGUCAAGAAGUGGAGCAAAGUCAACGAAGGCAUGAUCAAGAUGUACCGCGCCGAGGUGCUGAACAAACUGCCGAUCAUGCAGCACUUUCGCUUCGGCAGCCUCAUCCAGUUUGAGGCCUCGGGCCCGAUCCCGCACGACGACGAGAUCGGCAACGACCACGUUCACGCCUUUGGCAUGGAGCACCCGACUUGCUGCGGUCUGCGAGUCCCCAGCGCGUUCGGGGCGGCCCUGGAGAAGAAGACGGCCGGUGCGCUUCGGAAGCCGAUCCCUUUCGACUAGGUCUUGGGAAAGAACGAGGCAGCGGAGCGCGGCGGAUGGAGAGGGGUGGAUGUGGAGGCAAAGGCAGGG